UGCUAGAAAGGGCCAGAGCAAAGGUCCCUCCGACCAGCCUUGUCACAUUUUCCACUGCCCAUGUCCCUUAGAACAUGGAGGAAAUUAUGGCAUUUCCCAAUCUUAAACUCACUCUCUCUUUCUCCCUCUCACCUCUCACACCAUAAAAGCCCUCAUGGAACAACAACAAGCACUUACUACUUCCUAGUCCUUCAAGCAACAAUCCCAAGUGAGCAAACUCAGCAUGCUACACUCAAGUAAAUAAACAAGACCACCUCAAUCAUUGUGGUCGAAUCCAACCAAAUCAAAGCCAAAUACUUUGCCCUUCUUGCUCACUCACCACGACCCUUUUGCAUGUUUUAAGGAGAAAGAUUCUCAUCUUUAGAAAGAAAAGACAACAAGAAGCUUGAAAGAGUUUAUAAAGAGAUAUGGAGAUUGAGUCAGUGAAAUGCGAGUGUUGUGGCUUGAAGGAGGAUUGCACCCAAGACUACAUAAGCGAAGUGAAGUCCAAGUUUGAUGGGAAAUGGUUAUGUGGGUUGUGCUCAGAAGCGGUGAGAGAUGAAGUGAGCCAUGGAGGGAAGAAGGCAUCAUCAGCUAUGGAUGAAGCUGUGAAGGCUCACAUGUCAUUCUGCCGCAAGUUCAAAUCCAACCCUGCAGUUAGAGUUGCUGAAGGGAUGAGACAGAUGCUAAGGAGAAGGUCUGACUUGUCAUCAUCAUCAUCAUCAUCAUCUCCAUCUUCAUCAAAGAAGUACACAAGGUCAACCAGCACUUCUCAAGUCGGGGAUUCUUCAAGUUUCCAUUUGUAGUAGCAAUGAGAGAAACAGAGGAUGGAAACAGGGCAGAGGCAGAGGAGACUCUGCUUUGGUUGGAAUAAAAAAAGUUGAUAGGUUUAGACUUUUGGGUUUAGUUUUUUUCUUCUUCUUGUUAUGUACAGGAAGUCUUAUUUCAGUUUUUUUUCUUUCUGUUUUCUUUUUCUCCAACUGAUCUCUAGUUUGGUAUCUCUAAUCCUCUUUGUUAUCUCUUUGUUUACUUUCUUGGCUAAAUAGAGACCUAGUUUUCAAGAAAAAAUAAAAAAGAUGAUCUUAAUCAA